AUGAAAUGCCCUUGGCUUUUUGUUUUAGGGAGCUCUAAAAUGUUUUUUCCUUUGAAAAAUAUUUAUUCAACAUCUUUCAAACCAUUUAUUAAUGGUCCAACACUAUUAAAAAGUAUUUUGAAGAAAAGAAACACAUUGCAGGUCUCAGAAUAUAUGAAAAACUGCAUUUGUUGGGCUCUUAUGGGUUCUGCUUCUGUAAAAGAAAAAUUAAAUUGGUUAACUGGAUAUACAAAAAUAGAACAACUCAAAAAUCAGAUCCAUGAACAAGAAAUCCUCUUAAAAGAGGCAAGAAUUGAGACAAAAGAGGCAAAACGCAGACAUACAUUAGCAGUUCAACAACGUUUAAAGCUACAACAAGAAGUAAAUGAACUUCUUCAACGAAAACAUCUAUGGACACCUAUGGAUCUUGAAAAAUUCACUUCUUUGUAUCGUAACGACCAUGUUAAUGAACAAGAAGAGCAAAGUGCUUAUAAACAUUUAAUUGAAUGUGAAGAAAAGCUAGAUGAGCUGCAGGUUCAGCUAUUAAAUUUUAUGCUUACUCGGUACCAUGAAGAACAAAUAUGGAGUGAUAAAAUUCGACAUACAAGUACAUGGGGAACGUGGAGUCUUAUAGGACUAAAUAUUGUAUUAUUUUUAGUAAUUCAACUUGGAUUGGAACCACGAAAACGACGUAGACUAAUUCAUGACUUAGAACAACGUAUAUAUAGCAUGUUUGAGAAAUAUAAAGAUGAUCUUAGUGCAAAUCAAAUGAUGUUUCAAGUGCCAAAAGAAUCUUUAGAAAUUUCAGAUGAUCUUUCAUCUCUAACGUCUGGGAGAUUUCAGUAA